AUGAUAAACCCAUCAUUUCGAUCAUGUGCGGUGCGCUGGGCUAUUAUGGCCGUCAUUUUUGCUUCGACACCAGCAGGUUGUAUGGAGAUGGAUAAUACUGAUGAGUAUACUCGACCUGAAAUUGUUGAUGCUGGGCCUAAAACAUUUCAUUGGCUGUGCACUUUGACCCUCCUUUUUGUGGCUCCUUCACUAGCAGCUGUAUUCUCAUUUGGCGGUAAGUUGUACCUUUCACUGUCCCUGCAGCUAGUAUCUACGAUCUACGCAGCUAUUGAAGCUCUGAUUCUCCGAUUCCCGGAUGGAGACGGAGUUGAAAAUCGUACGUCCAGGGGGACUGCUUGGUUCAUCGCAGCAUUUUUAGGGCUUACGUUGUUUGCCGGAAGCAUAGCCAGCGGAACAGGUGCAAUAGUGCAUAGCAAGCGAUUGCAAUCCAUAGUCACAAAAGCGGGGGAGCACAAGCUUCACGUAUUCCACAGGGCACUGUCUCUAGCAGUAGUACUUACUGGCUGGGUGAAAACUUGUCUUGGUCCGGUGGCCAUGUUUGGGUUUUGCCGGGAUGCGCACACGGGCCAGUGCAUCGCGCAUGGAGUUAUGGGCACGGCAUUCGUCGCAUAUGGAUUUGUGUAUUCAAUGGUGCUGGUUGUGCCUUGGAUUCGAAACAAUCAGGAAAAAUACUCGCAAGACCGGAUUGAUAGUUGGGUAAUGUGUGCCUGGGGCAUUGUGAACACAUUCACGGAACACCGGUGGGGAAGAGAAGGCUGGAAUCAUGGUGACUACCAGCACACUGCCAUGGGAAUCAUUUGGUGGGCAGGUGGGCUGUUAGGGAUUUUCCUGUCCCGAGGAGGUCGUAGGACCUUUGUUCCUAGUCUUCUGAUUAUAUUUACCGGAUGGGCCAUGUCGGAGCAUAGUCAGCAUUUGUUUAUUAGUACCAAAAUUCACGCAUUGUUUGGACUUGUGCUUAUGUCUGGUGGCGCGCUUAGGAUAGUCGAGAUAUCUUUCCUUUUGAAAGACAAGCGGGCUUCUGAAAGCGGCGUUCUUUCAUUCCAAUAUCUUGCACCUUUUUGCUUGGUUUGCUCCGGAAUAUUGUUUAUGGGCGCCAAUGAAGAGCAACUCAUUUUGGUUUUGAGACUUGGAGCGGACCACAGCUCCUACAGCUUAGUUGUCGUGUCUGCAGCUUUCAUUACCUAUCUGUGGAUCCUUAUGUGUCUCGAAUUGUACGUCAAGCUUGUCGCAAGCUCAAGCAAAAGUCCGUUGAACGGCUACAGGUCCAGCAAUACUACCGAAUUUGAACUAGACGAUUUCCGCGAUGGUUCAGAUGAAACUGCCUCGAACAACUAA